UCUCCAUCACCAUGGAAAAAACUACCACUUUCAAUCUCCAAGAAAAAUUGCAAAAAUCGUCAUAUUCAAGUAUUGGGGUCUAUUUAACUCGAAGAAGGAGGAGCCAACAUUUCAAUCAUCAUCAUCCAAAAACCACAUCCUCUUCUUCUUCUUCAAAGAAAAAAAAAUAUUCCAAUAAUAUAAUGUUUCUCUCACAGUUCCCUCCAUGGCUUCCCCUCUUCAUCUUUCUAUCUCUACUCAUUUUCCUCAUAAAAUGGAAAACAUCUUCAUCUUCAAGAAGAAAAAGGGGUCGUUUUCCGCCAAGCCCCCCAAAGCUUCCGAUAAUUGGAAACUUGCACCAACUCGGGAAUCUCCCCCACAAAUCUCUGUGGCGCCUCUCCCAGCGCUACGGCCCCAUCAUGGGCCUCACCCUCGGCGGCGUCGAGACCACAAUAAUAUCCUCCGCCGACGCCGCGCGCGCGCUCCUCAAGACCCACGAUCUCGACAGCUGCAGCCGGCCGCAGAGCCACAGCGUCAGAAAACUCACCUACAAUUUCCGCGACAUCGCGUUCUCCCCGUACGGCGACUACUGGCGAGAGAUCCGCAAAAUCUGCGUUCUCGAGCUCUUCAGCGUCAAGCGGGUGAAAUCGUACGAACCCAUCAGAGAGCAAGAAAUUGGGUCUCUAAUUGAAUCGAUUGCGGAAUUUGCGUCCUCUGCCACUCCCGUGGAUCUCACUGACAAGUCCGUGGCGCUCACUGCUGCGAUUGUUUUCAGGAUUGCUUUUGGGAAGAGAUUUGAAGGGGGGGAUUUCCGUGGGGGCAGGUUUCACGAGCUUGUGAGUGAGGUGGAGGCCAUGCUGGGAAGCUAUAGCGCUUCUGAGUAUUUUGCGGUUCCGUUUGUGGGGAAGCUGAUUGAUAGGAUCAGCGGACGCCAUGGCAGGCUUGAGAGAGUUUUUAAUGAGUUGGAUGCUCUGUUUCAAGAGGUGAUUGAUGAACAUCUUCGGCCUGAGAGAAUAAAAGCAGAGGAAGAUGACAUUAUUGAUGUGCUUUUGGGUAUAAGCAAGCAGCAGCACCAGUCUGGCUCUGUUGCUAUUGCCCAUGAAAAUAUCAAAGCCAUUCUUUUGAACAUAUUUUUGGGAGGAUUAGACACAGGUUCCAUAACAAUAGUGUGGGCCAUGGCAGAGCUCGCAAAGAAACCGAAAUUGAUGAAGAAGGCUCAACAGGAAAUCAGAAAACACGUGGGAAGCAAGGGAAAGUUAAGCGACAGCGACACAGAAGAGCUUCCAUACCUGAAAAUGAUGGUGAAAGAGACGCUGAGGCUGCACCCGCCAGCACCCCUUCUUCUUCCAAGAGAAACCAUGUCCCAUUUCCAGAUACAAGGCUACGAUUUUUGGCCCAAAACAGUGGUUCAAGUCAACGCUUGGGCAAUUGGGCGAGACCCCACGAGCUGGAAAGACCCAGAAGAGUUCAUUCCAGAGCGAUUUGCAGAGAGGUGCGUGGAUUACAGAGGACAGCAUUUUGAGUUUUUGGCGUUUGGGGCUGGCCGGAGGAUCUGCCCUGCGCUCAAUAUGGGGGCCAAAACUGUGGAGUUUGCUCUGGCGAAUCUUCUGUACCAUUUUGAUUGGAAGUUGCCGGAGGGGAUGAAGGAGGAGGACUUGGACAUGGAGGAGAUUUCGGGUCUUAGCCUCACCAUCUACAAGAAGUUGCCUCUCAAACUUGUUCCAGUCGUACCGCUACCCUCCUCCAUGGUCGAAUGAUCUGCUUCUUCCUUUUUACGACUUUUAUCCUCAUCGUAACAUAAAUAAAUAAUGGGUGUGUUUCUAUGUAAUCUAAUGAUGCUCUAAAUCUGUGUUGUAAAUUCCCGUAUUUGGUUAAGUAUAAACUUUACUAUGUUUUGGGAUGUCCAUAUUAUCCGCGACUUCCGUCUCAUAAGAACCCCACUUAAAUGUAUACAAGAAUAUAUGUA